AUGGCAGCAAUUCGGAAGAAGCUGGUGAUAGUUGGGGAUGGUGCAUGUGGAAAAACCUGCCUCCUAAUUGUGUUCAGCAAGGAUCAGUUUCCUGAAGUCUAUGUGCCAACAGUCUUUGAAAACUACAUAGCUGACAUUGAAGUAGAUGGAAAACAGGUGGAACUGGCUCUGUGGGACACAGCAGGACAAGAGGAUUAUGACAGACUGCGCCCACUCUCAUACCCUGAUACUGAUGUUAUUCUAAUGUGUUUCUCAAUUGACAGCCCAGACAGCUUAGGUAAGAAAAUAUUUAUGUAUCUAUAA